AUGCCGAACUCGUUGACACGUCAAGCUGGUCUGAAGCUUGGCCCUAUCUUCCUCGAUACACUUGUGAAGCAUUACUUUGAAAGGAUGCGGAAGGACAAUGCAUCGAAAACAAACAUACAGCUCAGGCAGGAUGAAUUGCUUUACGAUGAGACGUUCGUUAUCGUCAAGAAAUUCCUUGACGCCUCAACCAAACAUACAGUCGAAGAACUACAGGCUUUCUCCAACACCCGCACACCCUCGCCUCCAUGGGUCCAUUCAAUUCGUCUAGUCAUCCCCAUGUCAUGUUGUGAUGAAGCAGCCACUUAUCUCAUCGAGGCCUUUGGCGGUGAAGAGGUCAUGAAGCAGACCGUCGGCGGCACUAAAUGGUGGCAGGUUCGCGGUAUCAAAGGUGUGGAUGCUGAAUGGUUAACAGCAAAGAAAGAUUGGCAAGAGGCCAAACGACGAGCCAAAGAGCAGCAGGAACCGCACAAGCAGGGACUGAAGAAGAAUAGAAGUCUGAGCAUCCGUCUCAAUGGAAAGCCUAAGGCUGCGGAACCUGUGGUACCGGAGGUGUUGGACGGUGAUAACAAUGUGGGUGGUGAGGUUCCGAGAGCGAAGAAGGAAGGAAGCCAGGAUGACGAUGAUGAGCCGAAUGGAACGUACCAACCGGAGAUGGACGAAAUGCGGUGUAUCCUGUAUUCGCAUGGAGGUGGCUACUAUUUCGGCAGCAUUGACCAGGAAAGGUACAGUAUCCAGCGUUAUGCACGAAAGAUACAUGGCCGUGUCCUCGCCGUCAACUAUCGUCUCUCGCCACAAUACCCUUUCCCCUGUGCCAUCCAAGACCUCAUAGCCGCAUAUCUUUUCCUCAUUCGUCCGCCACCGGAUGCUUCUCAUAGACCCGUCAAACCAGAACAUAUCGUCAUAGCAGGAGAUUCUGCCGGUGGCGGCCUCUCUCUUGCGCUUCUCCAGGUUCUGCGAGACUCCGGCCUACCAUUGCCAGCGGGCGCUGUGUUGAUCUCUCCUUGGUGUGAUUUCACCCAUUCAUUCCCAAGCAUAUUUACAAACACAGACACCGACGUCAUCCCAGCCACCGGCCUCUCCCUUCACAAACCCUCUGCCCUCUGGCCACCACCCUCAGAUGACCUGACUACGCACGUCCGUGACCGUCUCCACCGUGCCGUCCAUACUGUUCUCCAUCGUUCUCGCAAACCGUUCCACCCCUCCUCACCUUCCUCCGUCAAUUUUACUCAUCCAUCAGUUAUGUCCGGAGCCAUGCUCGGGCCUCCACAACAAUCGACAGAAUCGACGGGCCGUACGCUACCCACAAAGGACGGACCCAUGGACGUGGGCAGCACCGCGUCACUACCAAUGCCUAAUCGCGUGACUAGUGAAGGCCCUGGUGCCCAUCAUGAAGGCCGUAGUGGGAUGAAAGAUGAACUGAUUUGGCUAGACACAGUCGACGGGAAGAGGAUCGAGAUCACCCAACAAAUUCAGCUUUAUGCCCCGAACUCGGUGUUGAGGCAUCCGCUUGUCAGCCCGUGCUUGAGUUAUUUGGGAGGUUUGUGCCCGUUGUUCUUCAUAGCGAGCGAUAGAGAGGUGUUGAGAGACGAGGUGAUCUUCGCUGCACAUAAAGCAGCGUACCCGGAUAAAUAUCCGAUCAGGGAAGAAGUGAGGGCGAUGUAUCCCGCCCUGAAGGGUAUCGAGUCUCGAUACGGACCCUCUUCUGUACAUUUACAGGUCUACGACGAUGCAGCACACGUUCUUCCUGUCCUCUUUUCCUUCACUACUCCCGCUAAGUACUGCUACCGCGCCAUCGCGUCUUUCUGCAAGCACGUCACCAAGAUGACCCCCGCGUCAACUAUCCCCUUCCUUGACGAACCUGUGUCCGUACCCGAUCUUCACUCCGGGGAUCCGAUUCCUGUAUCAUCAUCUCCUGGGGAGCUUACGCCAGCGGAUGGAAGGAGUGUAGUUGCCGUUCCUGCGCCGGAGGGUAAUAACGGAAAGGACACGAAGCAGGCAUCGUUGGGCGUCAGUGGGGCCCAGUCAAUGGGGGCUUCGAGGUCCAGCCUCGCAUCUGCCUCGACGUCUGGUGCAGCCUUUGUAUCAGACGGUAACAAUUUCGCACUCCCGAAUUCACGAGACGACAGUCUAGAGAUUCAAGUUCGCUCGGCACCCAUAUCGAACCUUCGAGCGCCGUGGAACGGCGAACAUAUCAAACCACCCGUACCUUCUGUACCUUCGACACCACCUUCGCAGAGCCAGUCCUUCGAUUCGCCCGUGAAUUCGCUCAGCUCUCCAACGAACAUCCAGUUCAACGUGAACGGGAAAGGGAGGGUGUCCGACGACAAGAAGUCCACAUGGAGCUUGAAACGUGUUGAGUCAGCGCGGAGCUGGCAUAGCGGUCUCUCGAAAGCUGCUUCGACAAUACGGACAGGACGGAGCCUCAAGGCCUCUGGAUCUGGCUCUGCAAAGGGCGCGUCUUUAGCCCGCAACGCCACCGUGAGUGGAGGGAUUGGCGAUGGCGCUGUCGAGAAGGAAAUUGCUCCUCCUGUUCCGAAGCGAGCACUGGAGGACGCACCGCCGGAUAGGAACGAUUCGAACGACGUGGCGGGACCGAGGUUCAAUCUUUUCGGUUCUUCGAGAGAGAAGGCAAGAGAGCAGCGGAAGAGAGACAGCGAGGAAGGUUCGAAGGGUAUGGAGGACGUCAUGGCUGGGGACGCCAUAGUCUAUGAGAGUAAUUGGGGUUUCUCCCCUCCAAACAACGCCAUGAUCCGCGAACGUGUUUCUACGCAAGGCGUUAUCCGGCCCCUUGAGCCAGAGGACGAAUUACCGGCCCUUCAAGUCCCGCCAGACCUGAUCGGCGCCCUCUCCGAACGUGCUCUUCGACGCUAUGUCGAUGGCAAAGAACGGUUCGACAAGAAAUUCUCGUCGACCAUCAAGCAUAUCGCAAAGCAGAGGGAGCGGAAUCUUAAACAAGGAAGUCAAGAUGCGCAUCGCCGUAUCACGCAGUUGCAACACUAUCUGGAGAGGGAACGUGAAGCCGCAGGAGGCAGCUCACAGCCAUCUACUCCUCGACUCGAUAACUCACACGGUAAAGAUCAGGAUCAUGGGACGGGGGUAGGAGAUGGACUGUUGAAGGCAUCGGCGAGCUGGAGUCUUGCGUGGGCGCUGAAUGGGGACGAGAGACCUCCGCCAAGCUCAAUUGUGGCGAGAAGAGACACUGAGGAAGCGUUAGAAUUGGCCAGGGUCGCGGACAUGGCGGUGUUGGCUCAGGAGAGCGAGUGGAACGCAAACAACCUGUGGUCGGUUGUCUUGAACUUCUUGACGGUCGCUCCAGACAAGGACAAGGCUGGUAUCGAUCCUAAGAGUGGCGUCCACGAGAGCUUGAAGGAAUGGUCGCGGAAGAGCUCGAAGUUCGCGCCGUUUUCGAAAACGAAACCGGAUGCCGAUGUGGCGGAAAACGGGAGGGAGAAAGGAAAGGGACCUUGA